UUUUGAUUUUAGUUUUUGUCUGUGUGUGUCAGUCUGUUCAGUUUUAUUCUGUGGUGGUGAUGUUUCUUUUUAAGUUUUUAUUUUCGUGACAUCAAAAGUUUUAUUUUGUUUCAUUUAACGUUUUGUUUAAGUUAAUCAACAUUGAGUUGUUUUAAACAAGUGCACUAUGAAUUUAUUAAAUUGAUUUAUUGAAUGUAGAUGAAAAGUUACUGUGUUUUGUUAUUUCAACAUAAUGAAGGUGGACCUUGUUUGGAGGCGACGCGGCGCUACCCAACUAGCAGCAUGCUGGGUAGUGCUGGCGGCGUGCGCUGCGACACUGGCAGUGGUCCACGCCGCCGGCCCGCUUGGCCCUUCAGACCGACCUGAGGCAUACUUCAACGGCAGCUCCUACAUCCGGUUGUCCAGGCCUAUAUCACUCAAACAACUCGUCGGUCUCAGUUUCCGAACAUGCGUUGGCGGCGAGCUGUUCUCGCAGCGGUUCGAGGGGUACACGCUGCACGUGACAGCACUGUUCGAGCAGGUGGUGGUGUCGUGGGCGCGGCCCUCGCAGCCGCACCGCGAGGUGGGGCUCGCCAAGGAGACGCUGGACAACCGGUGGCACUGGGUGGGCCUGCGGUACAACUCCGACCCGCCCUCGCUGCUGCUGGAGGUGGACAGAGACACACAGAUAAUAUCGAACGUGACGUGGAACCCCGAGCUGCUGUCGCCGGGCGCGCUGGAGGCGGGCGGCGCCGUGCUGCUGGUGGGCAACGUGUUCAGCGGCUGCAUCCUCGAGGGCCCGCAGCUCGAGUUCCACGCCGCCUCCUCGCAGAUCAGGAACGUCGUGUUCGGACACUGCCCUCUCACCACGGACGAAUGUAUUGACAGGAAGGACGUGCUCCGCAUCCAGCCCAAGGACCACUGCUACAACGAGCCCUGCAUGAGACACGGCACCUGCAUCUCGAGACACGACCGGUACGAGUGCCACUGCACGGCGCGCUACACGGGCAACAACUGCGAGGUGGACGCGGGCGACCCGUGCGCGUCGGGCCCCUGCCAGCACGGCGGGCGCUGCGUGGAGGAGCCGCGCGGCUCGUACUCGUGCGCGUGCGCCGCCGGGUACCACGGCCAGUACUGCGAGCUGGAGGAGUCGCUGGACCCGCAGUGCGUGGCGCGGCCCUGCGCGCACAACGCCAGCUGCAGCGUGCCGCCCGGCGCCGACACCUACGUCUGCGCCUGCCCGCCCGGCUACACGGGACGUAACUGCGAGACGGACAUCGACGAGUGCGCCACCACUGUGGAGCCGUGCCUCAACGGGGGCCGCUGCCAGGACGCCGUCAACAACUACACCUGCGACUGCACCGGGACCGGCUACACGGGCGCGCGCUGCGCCGUGAACGUGAACGAGUGCGCGGACGCGCGCGUGUGCGGGCACGGCGUGUGCUACGACACGUACGGCGGGUUCGUGUGCGCCUGCCUGCCCGGCUACCAGGGCGCGCGCUGCCAGCAGCCCGCGGCGUGCGCGUCGGGCCCGUGCGGCGCGGGCGGCGCCUGCGUGGAGGAGGCGGGCGGCGCCGGCUUCCGCUGCGUGUGCGCGCGCGGGUACGUGCCGCCCUACUGCGCGCCCGACCCCGCGCCGCCCGCCGCCGCCUGCGGGGACGUCGCGUGUCCGCCGCACUCCCACUGUGUGCCCAACGUCAUGAUCACGGGCGUCAUUGCCAAGCAGGUCACCUGUGUCUGCGACAUCGGAUACUACGGCGCCCCGGGCGCGGCGCCCAACUGCACGGCCCUGGAGGCGGCCUGCGACGCCGGCGUGUGCCUCAACGGCGCCACCUGCUCCGUCACGGCCGACCAUCUCAACUGCUCCUGCGCGCCCGGAUACAAGGGCGCGUACUGCGAGCAGGCCGCGGGCGCCGGCAAGGCGCUGUCCGACCUCAAGGCGGCCGAGCACUGCGCCGCGCAGCCCUGUCUGCACGCCAAGGCCUGUCUGGACCUCGCGAACGGGUUCCGGUGCGAGUGUGAGCCGGGCUGGGCCGGGCCGCGCUGCGACACGGAGGCCGCGGCCGGCGCCGCCGACGAGGGCUGCGCCACGCGCGGCUGCGACAACGGCGGCGUGUGCCGCGACUCGGGCGCCUGCGACUGCCGCGCGGGCUGGGCCGGCGCCGCCUGCGACGUGCCGGCCGACUGCCGCGCCGCGCCGUGCGCGCCGCACCACGAGUGCGUGGAGGCCACGCCCGCGUGGCGCUGCGCCCCCGCGGCGCCGGACUCGGCGUGCGCGUCGUCGCCGUGCCACAACGGCACGUGCCUGGCGCUGGACUCCGGCCUGUUCCGCUGCCAGUGCCCGCCCGGCAACAACGGGCGUUUUUGUGAACUGGAUAUAGACGAAUGUGCAAUAAUGCCGAAAAUAUGUAAUCACGGAGUAUGCGUCAACGUGCCCGGAUCAUACGAGUGCUAUUGCAGGCCCGGCUAUACGGGCGACAGCUGCGAGCAAGACAUCGACGAGUGCCUGUCGUCGCCGUGCAAGAACGGUGGCUCGUGCCAGAACCUAGAGAAUAAUUACGAGUGUACCUGCAUGGAAGGCUUCGAAGGCAAGGACUGCUCCAUAAACAUUAACGAGUGCGAGAAGAACCCGUGCGCCGCGGGCUCCACGUGCGUGGACGGCGUGGCCAGCUACUCGUGCCUGUGCCAGGACGGGCUCACCGGGCCCAACUGUGAGAUAGACAUCGACGACUGCGAGUCGGGCCCGUGCCAGCACGGCGGCAGCUGCGUGGACGGGCUGAACAGCUACACGUGCGAGUGCGCCGGCACCGGGUACGCCGGGGACGACUGCUCCGUCAACAUCGACGAGUGCGCGCCGCAGCCCUGCCGCAACGGGGGCACCUGCCUCGACGACGUCAACGACUACCACUGCAACUGCCACCCCGCCUACACCGGCAAGAACUGCGAGGUGGACAUCGACGAGUGCGAGAGCGAGCCGUGCAAGUACGGCGGCGUGUGCCUGCAGCGCUCCAACGCGUCGCUGUACGUGGCGCCCGGCUCCCCGCGCCUGCAGGUGGGCCCGCAGCCGCAGAUGUUGCUGCCGCCCGUCUUCUACCAGCCCUUCUCGCUGGAGGCCGCCCACGGGUUUGAGUGCGUGUGCGUGGUGGGCACGACGGGCUCCCGCUGCGAGGUCAACAUCGACGAGUGCGCGUCGUCGCCCUGCGACAACGGCAAGUGCAUCGACGGCAUCGGCGGCUACACCUGCGACUGCUUCGCCGGGUACGAGGGGGAGCACUGCGAGCUCGAGAUCGACGAGUGCCAGAGGUACACGCCGUGCGUUCAGGGUAAAUGCUUCGACGGGCGCGCGUCGUACUACUGCCUGUGCUCGAAGGGCUGGGGCGGGCAGAACUGCUCCGUGGUGCUGGAGGGGUGCCGCGACCAGCCCUGCCGCAACAACGGCACCUGCCACCCCUGGCUGCACGACGAGACCGAGCAUCGCUUCAACUGCACCUGCAACCCUGGCCACACCGGCACCACCUGCGAGAAGAUCACGACCAUGUCGCUGGAGAAGAGCAGCUACGCGGAGGUGAACACGACGCGCGAGGAGGGCUACGACAUCUCCUUCCGCUUCAAAACCACGCUGGGCAACGGACUGCUGGCCAUGGGCCGCGGCCUCACCUACUUCUUCCUGGAGCUGUCCAACGGGAGGCUCAACCUGCACUCCAGCCUGCUCAACAAGUGGGAGGGAGUCUUCAUCGGCUCCAACCUCAACGACAGCAAUUGGCAAAAGGUGUUCGUGACGAUCAACACGACGCACCUGGUGCUGGCGGCCAACGAGGAGCAGACCAUCUACCCCAUCAGCCAGAACGAGGCCUUCAACUCGUCGGUGACGUCGUUCCCGUCGACGCGGCUGGGCACGUACGGCUCGUCGUACGCCACGCUGACGCACGGGCCCAACUUCUUCGUGGGCUGCUUCCAGGACGUCGUGGUCAACGGCCAGUGGCUGCUGCCCGAGGACGCCGAGCCGGGCGAGGCGGGGGCGGACGACGGCGCGGCGCGCGCGCAGCUGCACGGCGUGCUGGCCACGUGCGCGCGCGUGCCGCAGUGCGCGCCCAACCCGUGCCGCGCGGGCGGCGCGUGCGAGGACGCGUGGUCGUCGUUCCGCUGCGCGUGCGCGCGCCCGCACCUGGGCGAGCGCUGCCAGCACGCCUACACGGCCGCCACGUUCGGGCACGAGGCGGGCCCGCGCCGCGCCACCGUGCGCGUGCUGGCGGCCGAGCCCGCGCGCCGCGCCGUGCGCGCCGCGCUCGACAUCUCCAUGUUCAUCCGCACGCGCAAGCCCACGGGCCACAUCUUCUGCCUGGGCUCGCUGGCGCGGCCCGGCCACGCCGACGACACGCAGGUGGGCGCCUCGCUGGCCGCCGGCGAGCUGCUGCUGCACCUGCGCUUCAACCAGACGCCCGAGAAGUACCCCGUCGGCGGCACGCGCCUCGACAACGGGUACCUGCACCUCAUCGAGGUGGUGCGGAACUCAUAUUUAUAAGAUCUAGAAUUAAUUACAACAUUUUAUGGCACCGAGUACUUCCGCAAGUCCAUCUCCGCCGCCAAGCAGAUCGACGCACAGGUGCUGUAUCUGGGCGGGCCCCCGCCGCCCCUCCCGCCGAGCGCCCCCAGCGCGGUGGGUGCCAGUACGGUGGGCGCCAGCACUGCGGGCGCUAUCGCGGCGGGCGCCAGCACGGCGGCCGGCACGGAGGCGCCAGCCACGACGAGCCCGGCGCCGGCGCCGCCAGAGCCGGACGACAGCGCGUACUUCAAGGGAGUGAUCCAGGACGUGCAGAUCUCGAACGGAGUGAACGUCAGCAUCGUGGAGUUCUUCCCGCUGCAGGUGCCGGGGCUGCAGCUGCCGCCGCCCUUCGGCGAGGUGCAGCUGGAGCCCGGCGUGCUGCGCGGCGUGGUGUCGGACGACCUGUGCGCGGCGCGGCCCUGUCUGCACAACGCCACCUGCACCAACACCUGGAACGACUACACGUGCCAGUGUCCGCGCGGCUACAAGGGCAAGCAGUGCUCCGAGGUGGAGUUCUGCCAACUGCAGGGCUGUCCACUCAACUCCCACUGCCGCAACCUGGACGUCGGGUACGAGUGCGUGUCCAACGCCACGUUCGACGGAGUGAACACGACGCUGACGUACCAGCUGCGCGAGCCGCGCGGGCGCGUGGCGCGGCCGCCCGAGUCGCUGAGCAUCACGUACCGCAGCAAGGCGGGCGGCACGCUGCUGCACGCGGCCGACGGCGGCCACUGGUUCACCGUGGCCGUGUUCCGCCAGCAGGUGGCCGUGCAGUGGAGCCUGGGCGGCCUGCCCGCGCUGCGCCGCAUGCGCGCGCCCGCCGCGCCCGCCUGGACCACGCUGCGCUUCUACUUCGCCGGCGACACGCUGCGCGGCGCCGUGCUGGACGCGGCGGGCCACGAGGAGCCGGCGCUGACGGCGCCGCUGCCCACGCGCGCGCUGCAGCGCCUGCUGGCGGCCGGCACGCUGCAGCUGGGCGGCAUGGCGCAGCCCGCCGCGCCCACCACGCCGCCGCCCACCACCACGGACGCCGCCGUCUGGGAGUACGCAGAGGGAGACGACCCCGCGCCCGACAACCUGGCCGGGGAGUACUUCAAGGGCUGCAUGGGCGCCGUGCACGUGGGCGGGCUGCUGCUGCCGUACUUCACGGAGCAGGAGCUGUUCGUGGGCGCCACGGCCGCGCUGCUGGCCGCGCAGCCCCACUACGCGCUGGUGGCGGGCCGCGCCUGGGGCGCCGCCGCCGGCCUGGGCUGCGUGCUGUGCCUGGAGCGCGACUGCCAGCACGGCGGCCGCUGCGCCGACGUGCGCUCGUCCUACGCCUGCGCCUGCCCGCGCGGGUACGCCGGCGACUUCUGCCAGGUCGACGUGGACGAGUGCGCGGCGCACCAGUGCCAGCACGGCGCCACGUGCCGCGACGGCGUGGCCUCCUACACCUGCAUCUGUCCCGACGGCUUCGACGGCGAGUUUUGCGAGCAUGACAUCGACGAGUGCGCGUCGAAUCCGUGCCUGCACGGCGGCACGUGCACGGACGCGGCGGGCGGGUACUCGUGCGCCUGCGCCCCGGCGUGGCACGGGCCUCAGUGCGCGACGCCCCGCGACCGCACGUGUGCGCACGCGCCGUGCGCGGCGGGCGCGCGCGCCUGCGUGGACAGCGCGCCCGACCCCGCCACCGGGAACAACUUCACGUGCCUGUGCAGCGACGGCUUCGAGGGCGUGUACUGCGAGCACGCCUUCUGUGACGUCACGCCCUGCGUGCACGGCGCCUGCCUCAACGACACCAAGUCGGCGUGGUGCGCAUGCGCGGCGGGGUACAGCGGGCGGCGCUGCGAGACGGAGCGCGACGAGUGCGCGGAGGGCGGCGCGGCGGCCUGCCUGCACGGGGGGCGCUGCCUCGACGCCACGCCCGGCUACAGCUGCGACUGCACCCACACCGGUUGGACCGGCGCGCGCUGCGAGGUGGACGUGGACGAGUGCGCCGCCGGCCUCGUCAGCUGCGGGCUCGGGGAAUGUCUCAACCUCAACGGCUCCUACACGUGUCUGUGCGCCGCCGGCUUCUGCGGCAACGAGUGCUCGCUGAAGGACCCGUGCUAUGGCGACGGUGAAGGCAACAGCACGGGCCCGUGCCUGCACGGCGGGCGGUGCGAGCAGCGCUGCGGGGCCCACACGGACUACGUGUGCCACUGCACGGACGGCUGGGAGGGCCACAACUGCUCGCAGCCCCUGGCGGCCGCGGCCAGCGGGGGCCCGGCCUCGUCCACCGUGCUCAUAGGCGUGGGCGCCGCGCUGCUGGGGCUGGCGCUGGUGGGCGCGGCGCUGGGCGCGCUGGGGGCGCAGGCGCGCCGCAAGCGGGCCACGCGCGGCACGUACUCGCCGUCGGGCCAGGAGUACUGCAACCCGCGCGCAGAGAUGAUGCAGCACGCCCUCAAGCCGCCGCCCGAGGAGCGCCUCAUCUAGCGCCGCGCCCUUCUAGCGCUCCGCCAGAUGCGGAAUAAAAUGGAAUCGAACAAAAUUUUACAAAAUUAGGAAGACAUGAAACUCAUCGCAUAUCAACCAAAUCAUAGUUGUAUGUGUUUUAUGAUCACUUGUGUCUGGAUGUGUGCGUGUGUCAGUGUGUAUGUGUGCGUGUCACAUGUUUCAGUUUGUACCUGUACGUUUUUAUAGUGCGUGUGUGUGCGUGAAUAACUUAAUACUUAGCUUUAAGGUAAACGGUGAUACCUCCCGUGAGAAUGUACUUAUUUUACCACACUAUACGAAUUAUAUUAGUAUUUUAUAUCGUAAAUGAAAUUAUAAGUACAGGCGCUGGAGAUCAAAGUUAUUGUUGGCUCCAUUUUGUACGGGUUUCUAUUAUAAGAAUAAAGUUUUGCUAUAGACAUGAUACAGUUACACGUUGGUCUCCAGUGACUGUGGUGCCCGGCGGAACACUACUUCCCACGGCAAGUGAACAUUUUUUAUAAGAAUGACAAAUCUACGAAUAAUAUUAUUAUAUUAGUAUAGAGUAAGAGCUCGAUUAUUUUGAUAUAAUGGUAUAUAGUGCAAUGUCGGACUGUGUAAUGAAAUAUAUAUUAUAUUAUAUUUGUCAAAUACUAUACAUAAUAUUAUCUACUGAGUAACGCAGUGCCUCAACUUAGGAAUUUGGAAUUUUUAUAAGAAACCAAUUUUGAUGAAUUUAGAUAUAAUGAUGGUAAACAUUGUAUUUGUCGUAUCGUGUACAGAGAUGUGUAUUGUAGUGGACGAGGCGACGCGGCGUAGUGGAGUAACGGCCGUGUUGCCGAGUACGGGCCUCGUACCUGCAGCCUGUUACUGUAACUACGUGCCGCACGUCGAAACUGUAGUCUGUAGAGUAGAGCGCGUGUACGUCCCGCCGCGGGCGUACGUUAGCAGUAUUUUAGUGUAAGUGUAAUGUUAAGUGGUAUCGAAGCGUGCAAGAUUCUAAAUUACAAUGUAGUGAAGACGUCACUCGUCCGCCACACGAGCCCCGCACUCGGACGCGCCGCACGCUGCGCCCAGGCAAGCAAUCAGCACUAUCGACUAUCGACUGCGACUGUCGACUAUCGACACUCAUUACUUAUUAUUUGAGCAACUCCUCGAGGAUGGCAGCUCUUGUUUUGUCGGACAGCAACACACAGUAUAUGUAUAUUAGGUUAAUGUAUCAAGUAUAUCGUAAUGUACAGUAGUAGUAUAGUAUAGCGGGCGCGGCCCGAGUGCGGCGGGCUGCGGCGAGCCGUCAGUGCCUUAACGACAAGUCUGUAUAUUGUGAACUCUUUACACUAGUGUACCCAGUAGCCACUGGCGAGUGCCAGCAUACUCGCGUCUUGCUAGGAUAAGUACAUGUGUAACGUAGCUGUAGGGCUCCGUAGCACUCCGCGUGCUAGCACUUGUGUAUUUACGUGUCGACGUGACUCAAUAUUGUAUUAUGUGAUAACUUUUUGUUUUAUGUUGUAUCAGUUUAUGUUUUACGUUAAUUGUCUUCUAAGUAUAGACGAGUGUUCCAAAUUAGUAUUUAUAGAUUUCGGCCGUCCGUUGAAAGUAUUCAAUUUUAUUGUAUUUGUAUAGUAUUAGUAAGUGUUUUACCAUUUUAUCUACAUUUUGUAAUAAUCAAAGUACACUAACGACUUUUGUAAUUUGUAGCUUCAGAGUGAAUAUAUAAAUUAUCCGUAACAGUAAGAAACACGUAGGUUUACUAUUAUAACAAUGUACGUUUUACUAUAAACAAGUUAAUCAGGAGCUCGCUGUCUUGGUACUGUAGUCACUAAUAUUCACUAUCAAGUUGUAUUCACUCUGUUGUAUAUAAAGGAACUGAUACAUUCCCUCGGCACACUGCGGUGACUGACAGUAGUCGUAUGUAUAUAGUAUGCGCGUGCGCAGGCUGCUCGUUACCGUCCACAGCCGCGACGCGCCAGCGCACCCUAGUGUAUAGCACCCUAGCCUUUUGGCCUUACUCAAUUAAACGAAUAUACUACUUGAAUUA